AUGUACUGUAAGUACUUGCUGCGCUCAAAGUACAGGUGCGAUCCCCCGCACCUGCAGUGGUCCUUCAGGGCAGUCGAGACCCCGACGUCGCCGCAAGCAGGCACGACUCGCCCCGCGGGGCAACCGCCGGCCAACCUCGCUCGCUGGGGACACUUUGCCAUUCCCUCGCCCUCUCCAUCCUCCGUCAACCCGCCAGCAACGUCCCGUCAGUCUCCGGCAGUCGAUCCCUCCCGCGUCGUCGUCCCCCGCGUCGUCGUCACCCGCGUCUCCGGCCGAAGCCGUCGAAAGAGCGAGCCCGCACGCACCCACGUGAAAGGCAGCCGCCCAUCGCAUCGCAGCCCGGAACAAACGACGGCAGAGAGGCCCCCGAUGGCAGCCGAUCAAGGCCUUUUCGCCUCGACGCUCGUCUCGUCCGACGUCACCCUCCCCGAGGGCUACAAGCUGCGACCUCUGCGCAAGUCCGACCACGGCACCGGCUUCCUCGAGUGUCUGCGCGUCCUGACGACGGUCGGCGACAUAAGCCGCGAGGGCUUCGACGCCCAGUUCGACCGCAUGCGGGCCCAGGAAUCCUACUACGUCAUCGUCAUCGAGAACGAAAAGGGCGCCGUCGUCGCCACCGGCGCCCUCAUCGUCGAGCAUAAAUUCAUCCACAGCCUCGGUGCCGUCGGCCACAUCGAGGACAUUGCCGUCUCCAAGUCGGAGCAGGGCAAGAAGCUCGGCCUGCGCCUCAUCCAGGCCCUCGACGCCGUCGCCGAGAGGGUCGGCUGCUACAAGAGCAUCCUCGACUGCAGCGAGGCCAACGAAGGCUUCUACCUCAAGUGCGGCUUCCGCCGCGCCGGUCUGCAGAUGGCGCACUACUACGAAGCCGACAAGGCCAAGUCUUCAUGA